CCCUCUUCUUAUCCUUCUAUAUAUGCCACGCCGGACUGGAGCUAGGUUUGCCCAAUCUGCCAGCUGCCGGCUCCUUACCUUAACCUCCUUUUCGCUCCAUCCAUCCGCGCUGGCGUCAUCAUCCCGGAGAUGUAGCGGAGCGGUGCACUCUUCCCGGCGAUCCAUCUCGCCGGGUGGCGGCGCCUCCGCCUUCGCCUCCUCGUCUUCCAGCUUUACUUCCCGAUCCACCGCCGCCUUCUUCGCCGAUCACCACUACCAACACUCUCGCGGCGCUUCGCCGACCCGCGUGAAUCUCUACGGCGCCUCCCCUCCUCAUGCUACCGCGGUACGUUUCUCCCUCGGUCGUUCCGCCUCACCCGGCCGUUCCUUCUCCGCCGCCGACAAGCGCUCCGCUUCCGCUGUCACCUCCCCUGCCCGCCGCACCUGUCUUUGCUCCCCCACCACGCACCCUGGGUCCUUCCGCUGUGGCCUCCACAAGGGCAACCAGCUCCAGACCGCCGCUGCCUUUUCCUCGCCGUCGAACCGCCUCAACGCCCGUCGUUCCGCCAUGAAGAACUCACUGGUGCGUAUCGGGGCGGUGGAGGGUGAUUGGGUCAAGCGCGCGCUGUCCGCCCUCAUCCGCCCUUCUUCCCACCAGCAGCGCCGGAGGGCCGACUUCCAACCUCGCCCCAGCCGCCUCUCCCGGAUGUCCAAAGCCGGCGAUCCGUAGAUCGUCAGAUCCCGAAUCAGGUUCGCCAGGAAAAAUAGGGAAGAAGCCGUCUCUGAUCGUCCGCCGGAGCUUCGUCUUCGACCGUCCGAUGCCGAUCGCAUAACAAACAGGAGGUUGUAACUUCUCGGGUUUUUUUUUUUAUUAUUUUUGUACCAUAAACGGCCGGAGGUAAAGGACAUGAGUGAGAGAGCCGUUGGUCUGUACAUACUGAUCCGGCAGCCGUUGAUGCUGCCUAUCGCAACGAAGGUCGAAGGCAUCGGAAUUGAACUGA